AUGCUCUGCCUAGUCAUCAGCUGCCACGUGGCGGCGUCGGAGCGGAUCAAGAACGUGGUGGUGCUGAUGAUGGAGAACCGCUCGUUCGAUCACGUGCUGGGAUGGCUGCAGCCCCGCAACGCCGAAAUCGACGGCCUCGAUGGCUCCGAGUGCAACCCCAUCGUCGCCAAGGCCCGCGGCGCGGACCCGCCGGCCCCAUCAAGCGAUUCGGGCGAUUCGGGCGAGUCGAGCCUGUCCGGCAACUCGGCUGGCGUGGGCGAUUCGGGCGAGUCGAGCGUAUCGGGUAAUUCGGCAGGCGGGGUGACGUUCGAGCAAGUGUGCAUUAACGAUAGAGCGCGGUACAACUGCAGCGAGGACCCCGACCACUCCUUCAAAGGCGUUCGCAAUCAGAUAUUCGGCGGAAAAUUGGUAGCUAAGGCCUCUUCUCGGCUUAUGCGGGGAUUCGCGCAGCAGGCGGAGGAGGUGCGCGAGGGGUUCUCCGCGGAGGUGAUGGCCGCCUUUCCGCCGGCCGCGCUCCCCGUGACCACCGCGCUCGCCACCAACUUCGCCGUCUGCGACCGCUGGUUCUCGUCCGUACCGGGCCCCACCCAUCCCAACCGCUACUUCCUGCACGCCGCCACGUCCAAGGGGCUCCUGGCGGAGCGCAAGCCCGUGCUGCUCGCGGGCUUCCCCGCGCGCACCAUCUUCGACGUGCUCUCGCGCCGCAAGGUGUCCUUCGGCAUCUUCUACCACGACAUCCCCGCGUCGCUCGCGCUCUCCUCGCUGCGCCGGCGGAAGCACGCGCGCAGGUUCCGCCCAAUCGAGCUGUUCUACGCGCAGGCGCGGCUGGGGCGGCUGCCCGCGUACUCGUUUGUCGAGCCGCAGUAUUUCGACUUCUCGCGCGAGCCGGGCAACGACGACCACCCGGGCCACGACGUGCGCCACGGCCAGCAGCUGAUUAAAGACGUGUACGAGGCGCUGCGCGCCGGGCCGCAGUGGCGCAACGCGCUGCUGAUCGUGACGUACGACGAGCACGGCGGGUUCUUCGACCACGUGGCGCCGCCCAUGGCGGGCGUGCCGUCCCCCGACGGCGUGGUGGGCGAGGAGGACGCCUUCAACUUCCGCCGCCUCGGCGUGCGCGUGCCCACCUUCGUCAUCUCGCCCUGGGUGGACAAAGGCAUGGUGAUCCACCGCCCACGAGGCCCAUACCCGACAUCGCAGUUCGAGCACACGUCGGUGGCGGCAACGCUGAGGGACGUGUUCGGGCUGACGGCCAAGCAGGACGUGCUCACCGCCAGGGACGCCUGGGCGGGCUCGCUCCUGCCCUUCCUCUCCCUGCGUUCCUCGCCCCGCACUGACUGCCCGCGUGAGCAUUCCCCACGCCCACUGCCCCCGUGA